GUUUCAAUUCCAUUCUGACAUUUCUUCUUCUUUCUGUGAUCUGCAACGAUUCGUGAACACGGAAGGUUGUUUCGAUUCUCAAAUUUCUGAUCAGAUGUCGAUAGUUGAGGACGGCCGUAGCCUGGCAGGCUAUACACUCGACGACGUUUUGGCUAACAAUAGGUUAGGGCCACCGGCCACUGCUAGGGCCGCCGAAAUCCGUGGCCGAACCCUACUGGACAUAAUCCGCGACGAGGAGCCCAGCGCCGGCAAGGGGCUUUUCGGAAAGGACAAAAGGACUUGGAAGUCUUUUAGAGAUAAACUCCGGCUGAAGCGCGCCGGCUCUGCUUGGGUCUCGACGGUUCCGAUUCCGACCUCUGAUAUUCCUGUUCACACCAAACGCUCUCUAAUCGGAAGGCGAACUCAAGUCCGUUUCAACACGCAUUCAUCCAGAAACUCCACCGAUAAUCAGACUCGUAAUCCGUCCGAAGAAUCUUCCAAAUCCACUCGCCGUCAAAUGUCUCGACAAACUUCAACAAUGAACAGCUCAAGCGAUUCAUCAGGGUCCCAUUACGAUGAAUCCUCCGAUUACUCAUCGUCUCCAGAUGCAGCGCCAACUCGAAUCAUGAGACCGCAAAUGUCACGCCAUAACUCAGUCCGUGUCUCGAAUCCAAUGGAGAGUUACACCGAGCCAACAGAACCAGAUCGGGAUAACCGAAUUCGAUACUCCAAUUUCUCAGACCACAGAAUGAUGUCCGCUAGAGAAGCCGUCGCAGCACAAGAAGCAGCAGAUGCAGCUUCCGCUGCUGCCGCGGCCGCAGCUGCGGCGGUAGCCGCGGAAGAAGAAAAAGAACAAAACGAAAACAACGAGAACGGAAAUGAAAAUGAAAACGAAGAGUCAACAACCGGAUCAGAGAAUGAGGAGUCUUCGCCAACGACGGAGCCGGUGAGGAUGUCGUUGAUGGAUCUGUUGCACGAGACGGACAGAGAAAUGGGGUUCGAAAGAUCGAGUUACGGAAUGGGAUUUGAAGAAGAUUUCUUCGACGACGAUGAAGAUGAUGAAUACGAAGAAGAUGAAGAUGAUGGUACUGGUGGAGAAUUUACCUGCUGCGUUUGUAUGGUGAAGCAUAAGAAUCCGCCAUUGGCGGCUUGCGGCCACACUUUUUGCCGGCUCUGUUCGAAGGAGAUGAUGGUCAGCCGCGGGAACUGCCCCACUUGCAGCAAUUUCAUCUCGGAAAUCCUUGAUGCUUUUUGAAUUUUUUAUUUUUUAUUUCUCUUUUCAAAUCAUUUGUUUGAUUAUUUGAGGAUUUAAAAUUUCUAAGUUUGAGUAGGUAAUAUUUUUGCCGC